UACCAAGGAAAGAAUAAUACUGUGUAUUAGAGAAACGACACUUUGAUCUCCACCAGCUGAAAUGUACCAAAUGAACACCCAAAAUGAAGCCAAAACCAGCAUUUUCAGAACAUUAUGGCCAAAACCCAUCAAAAUGGCCUCAAUGGACCUCAUCCACCUCUUCAGCGACUGCAUUCAAUCGGCUUCAUCUAGAACUCAGGAGUACCUAUACUUCAAAGAUCCGGAAAACAAGUUCAACCCGAGUCCUUCAACCCUAAGCGAGAUCUUCCUGAUGACGUUCAUUCAGCGCAGCACCGUUUUAAACCUCACUGACAUCUUUAACACCACAACUAUGACCCCGGAGCAGAGGAUCCUUCUAGGUGCAGAUUGGGUUUGGGCCGUCUUGGAUCAUCCCAGCAGGAACCCUAAAAUCCAGAUCGCCGUCCAGGUUUGCCACCUUCCAGAAAGAACCGAGCAGAUCCUGGAGGACCUUUCUUUGGAUCUUUACGCUGAUGUUAUGCGUAUGGCCGGGAUGGACGUGGUGGAGAAAACUCAAGCCGAGAGGAUGGUGGACUUCUGUUCCUCCAUUGGUAGAGAUUGUUUCACACUUUUCCUCUUUUUUGGACGGCAAAAGGAUGAAGGGAACAUCUACGGGCUGCUGAGCAACAAUCUGCAAGCUGCUGUGGGGAAGUGUGUGAGGAUCGAUCAGCUUUUUAUCAAUCAUUUCUUUAAAGGUGCUAAAUGUUUUGUUACUCCUGCUGGAAUGUUACAGGCAUUGGUUGGUAAAGAGGGUAAUGAUCCUUUGACCAUGCUUGUUAAGUUCACCUAACAGCU